UCCCAGUGAGGUGUUUCGUUCAUUGUACAAGAAGAUUUUUUUUUGCACUUGACAUUUUGUUUUAAUUACAGCCAGUCACCCCGUUACCAUAAGAACUAAUCCGUAUAAACAGACAUUAUUGCGAUUGGCUGUUAUGCUCAUUAACCAUCCAACCUUGGCACAAGAAAACAAAAGGCCAACAAAAGUUCAAGGAAUCUUCAAACUGUUGGCAAAAGGCUCCUUGCACUUGUCUGAAGGGAAUAUAUGUAGGCUCGAACUGAUGCAGACAACUCUGUUUCUUUAUAUUGACGAAGGGAUCGAAUAAUGAAGAGGAGGCCGAGAAGGCAGAAGUUUUCCUAAAAUUUGCAGAGUGGUCUUCGUUGCAUGGGGCUUCAUUCAACAGGUAGCGAAUCAGGCAUGCUUCUUCUCCGCUAUCAGCGACAGCGACAGGCGGAGGCCGAGGAGGGGGCCGGUGGCCUCGGGCACACCCCUGAUCACGAUAUGCGGCGUAAGAUCAGUGACCGAGAUCUCAAGGGCGACAGCCACAGAGCCGCCACCCGGAGCACUCUCAUCUGCAUAUUUGUUUGUGGAUCCGCCUUACUGUCUCUUGGACUGGUUGUGCUUUUCGUCGGCAUCUACGUGCCGGGGCUGAGGGAGGAUCCGACGCCCUGGCUCGUCAUCGGACCCACCUGCAUUGUGCUGGGCAUCCUCGUCCUCCUACUUUCCGUCGAGAUCAUCAUAAAGCUACGAAAGAUAUCCGCCGCGUCUUCCGAUUCGAACUGGACAGAAGAGAAAACCCCCUCCAAGCAGAGUCUCAUGCAACAAGAACCACCCAAGGCCAUACCAGUGGUCCUCCAUCCUGCAACGCCCAUGCAACAGUUGGACCCUAACGCUUUGCCCGUAGAAGUUGUCCAGCAUAGGUGAAAGGUAAAGUGCAAAAGUGCUCUGGUCUCUCCAUCAUCAUCAAUGUGACAUGAUGCAGAUUCUCCAUAUGAUUCACUUCACUUGAUCAAUGUGCCAGCCACAUCGUGUGACAUGCCGUGGUUGAUCCUCUUAUUUAUCGUUUCGAAGUCCUGUACUAAGUAAUUUCAAUUUGAAGGAAUAAACCUUACAUUUCAGUA